AUGGGCCCCUGUACCGCCUCCUCAUGCUGCUGCCAGGCCCGUAAUCUGCCAUGGGCCCCCGUACCGCCUCCUCAUGCUGCUGCCAGGCCCGUAAUCUGCCAUGGGCCCCCGUACCGCCUCCUCAUGCUGCUGCCAGGUCCAGAGUGUCUCAUGGGUCCCUGUACGGCCUCCCAUUGCUGCUGUCUCCAUCGCCACACUCUGCCAUGUGCCACUUUCAGGUCUCCUCACACUGCUGGUGGGUUCCAUUUUGUCAUAGGGUGCUGUAUGGCCUCCCAUUGCUGCUGCCUCCACCGCCACACUGUGGCUCCACACUCUGGUUUUGGCCCCGUGACUGCCCAAAUGAGUGAAGUGUGCGGUGAUUCUAAGAUCGACGGCACUCAUCUGCAUGUCAUACUGACUGACAGUAUUAUUUCUCUUCCCCAGCAGACUCCAAGGGCAUUUAAA